UGUAACACUGGAACUGUACAUUCGAUAUCAGUGACUUCUCAUUCAGAGGUCUGACCACUGGUUAAUCAGAAAAUCAUGAAGAACUUUAUCUUCGCCAUUCUGGCUAUUACCUUUGUGGUAGCCGCAUCUACCACCACAAUCCCAAAUGCACGUAAAACUGAGCUCCGUCGUCGUCGAGAAGCUGGACCGGAACCAGAACCAAGUAAUCGACCACCCCGACCUAUAACUCUCCCACCAAUUAAUCCUCGUCUUCGUCGUGAAGCUGAUCCAGAACCGGAACCAGGCAACCGACCAGUGUACAUUCCACCACCACGUCCACCACAUCCGCGCCUUCGUCGCGAAGCUGAUCCAGAACCGGAACCAGGCAACCGACCAGUGUACAUUCCACCACCACGUCCACCACAUCCGCGCCUUCGUCGUGAAGCUGAUCCAGAACCGGAACCAGGCAACCGACCAGUGUACAUUCCACCACCACGUCCACCACAUCCGCGUCUUCGUCGUGAAGCUGAUGCAGAUCCGGAACUAAAUAACUGAUCAGUGCGCAUACAUCACCCAUACAUCAUAUCCGCCAGGCUGAAUGUGCAUGAAAUACUUGAAGAAGUAUUCAUUAUUUCCUUAAUAUACCCGAGGCGAAUUGAAAUAGUUUAACCUAAUACUCUGUAAGAUGUACUUGACUUCACAAUAAAAUUGGUUGUUAUUUUAAAAUGUA